AUGAAGAGAUUGAGAUCAUAUUCCUAUCACCAAUGUUGGAAAGUGUUCCAGGAAGAGGAGACUGCAGGUUCCGAUAGCAUAAAGGAAUAUGUGACGAAGGUUAUGAAUGCUCGGAAUGACAUUGAUGCUCGGCCAACUUGGGAUACUGUGGAGGGUGAUUCAGAAUACACUCCCCAUUUCCAAGCUACUGUGUUAGACCUUGAUAAUGACUUAAUGACUAUUAAAUCUCGGCUUAUAUGUCCUCCUUCAAAGCUAGACGUCAUCUCAAUUGUUGGCAUGGGAGGAAUUGGCAAGACGACUCUUGCUAGGAAAGUUUAUGAUGAUAUUUACAUGGAGCAUCACUUCUAUAUUCGUGCUUGGAUUACUGUAUCUCAAAUGCAUCAACAUAGAGAAAUGUUGUUGAGCAUUUUGAGGUGUUUAUCACUGGUCAAUGACAACACCUACCUAAAGAGUAAUGAGCAAUUAGCAGAACAAGUUUACAGAAGUUUGAAAGGAAGGAGAUAUCUUAUUGCAAUGGAUGAUGUUUGGGACACCAAUGCAUGGGAUGAUGUGAAAAGAUCUUUUCCAGAUGAUAAAAAUGGAAGCCGUGUCAUUCUGACUAGUCGGCUAGCAAAUGUCGGUAUCUAUGCUAGCUCAGGCAGCCCUCAUUACAUGCGGUGCCUAAGUGUGGAACAAAGCUUGAAGUUGUUCAACUUAAAGGUGUUUGGAAGGGAGACUUGCCCUGUUGAGCUGGAGAAAGCUACCAAGCAAAUAGUCGAGAAAUGUCAAGGACUACCACUAGCAAUAGUUGUGGUUGCUGGAUUUUGUUCCAAGAUCAGCAAGACGGAAAACUGUUGGGAAGAUGUAGCACAUAAAAUUGGUCUGGUUAUGAGUAGGAACACAGAAGAAUGCCUGGACUUACUCGCCUUGAGUUAUAACCAUUUGCCACGUCACUUGAAGACAUGCUUCCUGUAUAUGGGAGUUUUUCCAAAAGACUUUGAGAUUAGUGUUUCAAGACUAAUCAAGCUAUGGAUCGCUAAGGAAUUUGUAGAAUGGACACCUGCUCAGAAGAAGAAAAGGACCUCAAAGAUUAUUUCUCAAUGAAAGAAAAGGACUUCGAAGAAGUUGCUGAGGGAUACCUGAGAGAUCUUAUAGAUAGAAGUCUAAUUAUGGUUAGGAAAAAGACCUCAAGUGGCAAGGUCAAAACAUGUGAGGUUCAUGAUCUAUUGCAUGAUUUAAUCGUAAGAGAGGCAUGGAAGGAGAGAUCAAUCUACUUUACUAAAUCUAAUUUGAUAGUUUCUCCACCAGUGGCAUCUUUUGAGCAUCGCAUCAUUUUCAAUUUUCCCAUAGCCCCAGAGUUGAAGUAUGAUUAUGGUAGACCUUCACUUCCUUCACUUCCUUAUGCAAGUUCUUUCUUUGUUUUGGAAGAGAUGGAACUCCUGGAUCAUGUACUCAGAUUGAUUCGUUUAUCACCUUUACCAACUUCUCAUGGUUAACGGUAUUGGAUAUAUGUUUUCAGCCAUUUGACCAUCUACCAUGUGAAAUAUGGCAAUUAUCCGAACUGAGGUAUCUUGCCCUUGCCAGUUUUAAUGUCCUCCCUCCAUCAGUGUGCAAUCUUAGGCAUCUUCAGACACUAAUUCGUUACAGUCACCAGGCUAGUAUUUGCUUGCCGGCAGAGAUAUGGCAGAUUGAACAAUUAAGGCAUCUCUAUUUCAGGAAAUGCUGCUACUUUCCUGAUGCUGCAUCUGAACUAGAAAGAUAUCUGGGACAGGUUUAGUCUCUCUAAUCUUGCAUUAACCGAGCUGCAAGCCCCGUCUUCUUCUCUGGGCUGCUCUAGUAGCUCUAAUCUUGCAUUAACCAAUCUGCAAACCCUUUCUUACAUUACCUUUGGUAGUAUUACAAGGGGCGUCUUCGAAGGCAUGCCUAACCUGAAGAAGUUAGGAAUUCGCGAGAGUGAAGAAGAGUGCUUGACUGCUGAAGCAAUGUCUGGAAACCUCAAGAAGCUGAUUCUGCUGGAGCACCUUGAAACACUAAAGUGUUUCUUUAUCAAACCUUGGAUACUUCAAUAAUGUGAUGUUUUCCCACCAACCCUCAAGAAAUUGACACUGCGGGGGUGCCAACUACCAUGGAACCAAAUGACAAUAGUGUGCAAGUUACCCAAACUCGAGGUGCUCAAGCUCAAGGAUUAUGCUUUCCAAGGAUCAGAAUGGGAGCCAACUGACGAACAUUUUCAGCAGCUAAAAUUCCUACUGGUGGAUGGGACUGAUCUUAUCCACUGGAAAGCCAGUUCUAUUCAAUUCCCUAAGCUUCAGAGUCUGGUUCUGAAGAACUGUUAUUGCCUGUCUGAGAUUCCUGAUGAUGUAGUGGAAAUACCUACAUUGCAGUUCAUUGAAUUGUAUCACUGUAGCUCUUCUGCGGACGACUCGGCAAAUAGGAUUCAAGAAGAACAACAUAGCAUUGGAAAUGACAAUCUUGUGGUGCGGAUCCACAAAUUUUUCAACUCUGAACCUUAAGGCCCGUCUUUGUUUGAAAUUUGGCGUGGGGCCCCCUCGACAAGCAAUGAGGCUAAUGCAGAGGAAAGUCAAGCUUUUUCCAGGAAUGUCAACUUGAUUUCUUUUGGGCUGUUACGAUGUGCAUACAAUGGCCAUAUUGAAGAGUGGCGGAACCACCUUUGUGCAAGGUUUGCCGGAAAAUUACAAUGUAUAGAUAGGUAAAGAAUUAAUGUAUAUGUUGAAUCCCCUUGACUUUUCCGUGUGUGUAUAUAUUUUAUAUUUUGACUCCUCUUAGUGAAAUUCUAACUCCGUCUCUAGUUAUAUUGGUUAUUUGGUGCUAUAUAAUUUAUUCAGUCAGCACACAUAGAAUGGGAUAGUCUUCUGAUGCAUUGGGUUAAGAGGACUGAUAGAGGGGUGCUAAACACUUUUUCGGGGGAUAGAAUCCUCUUUGAAACAAUCUUUUCAUUUGGAGCUUUUGCCUUAUUUGUUUGUAUUGCAUGUGCUGAGUGAUUCCAUCAUA